AUGACAUCGCACAAAGGUAUGCUAGAAAGACGCGGAUAUCGUUCACUUCAUAUUAGUCGUUUACAAUUGAAACGAUGGUCAUCUUAUCUUGCUACUGCAUUUGCGAUUCUCUCAUUUGUUUUUAUUUCUGGUGGAAUUUGGCUACUUGAAAAUAAUCGGAUCGAGUCUGAAAUUAUCGGCAGGCGAUAUUACUACGAAGAAGGAGUUUUGUUUGUAAUCAUUGGGAUACUAUUGCUUCUUUCGCUUGUUUGUCAAGCUUUUAUGAUUCAUCUAUUGUUUGUUGCAAAAAAGCCAUGGAGAUUUACUGAAGUCAAGGUAAAGAGAGCAAUUGCACUGUAUUUAGUUUUUCUGUUUGCAGUGACAAUUCCUCAUAUUUAUUGUUUGUAUCAUGUGAAAACAAUUAGAACAAAAUUAAUAUGGUCAAUUAAAGAACAAACUGAAGAGGCUUUGAUUAGUUUGUACGGAUUCGAACCUGAUUUUACAUCUGCAUGGGAUCAUCUACAGUCUCAGAGUGAAUGUUGUGGAUUUUCGGGUCCUCAAAUAUAUGCCUCUUCAAAAUGGAAAUACAGUCAACCUAAUUCUUCAACUUUUAUCAGCUUAGUACCUGAUUCUUGUCUUACACUUAAAAGUUUAGAAGAACAAGUACUUGAAGAUAUAAAAACCAAGUCUGAUUAUGAAGAACCUAGACAAGUGACUUUUCAAAAAGGGUGCGCAGAAUUUCUUUAUACUCAUAUAGAAGGUGUUCUAAGCGGUUCGUUUAUCGUACCGGUUAUUUCUCUUGUGAUUGUAUCUUUUUCAUUUGUUCUUGGAAUCGUUUUGUGUAAUUUCGUGGUGGUUGGAGAAGAAAUUUAAAACAAUGAGAAAGAUAUUUAACAUCAACUCAAUUAUCAUCAGGCUGUUUUGAUCUGAUCUGAUCUGAAGAAAAUCUCCAGUUUUUUUUCCUUUUUAAAGACCAAACUAUAAUUUCACAUUUGCUUUCGUUUUUUUUCUUUACUUAAUUUAUUUUUUAGAGGAAAUUGUUUAUUUGCUAUUACGAAUACUAAUAUUAUUGCUAUUACCGUCACGAUUUUUUUUUCUGUUUAGAAAGUUUAUUUUUCAAUCAGUUACUCGUUUUUUUUUCACCAUUAAUUUUCUCGUUGAUUUCAAUUGCGAGAAAAAGUAUCUGAUCAAGUAUGAUUUUAUCAUUUUUAUUAUUAUUUACUGCUUAGCCCGCCUUAUUACUUUUAUUACUCUACAUUAUUU